CUCAGUUGCUUUCCAGGGUGCUGAAAGUCGGAGCGUCUCCCUCCUCAGUCUGGCUCUGAUCACAAUGUAGGCUUCAUUUCACGCUCUCCACACGCACCCCUCCGUGGGGGUUGUUCUCGUCUGGAUGCUGGAUGCACGCACGGGAGUGAUUUUAUUUUUGAAUUAUGCGUCUGCAUGACUGGGAAUGAAUGAAUGCAUGUUCAGGGACUCUGAAAUGAAAUGUUUGGAGGUGAUGUGAUCUCUAAGAGGUGAGUCAGCUGAGGGGGAAUUUGACGCAGAGGUACUUUAACGUGGACGUCAUGUAAACAUGGAGCCACAGCAGCUACAGCUCGGUGUUGAUGUAUUGUAAAACGGGGAAGAUUGUUGUUUUUUUUUUUUUCUUGGGAGGCUGCAGAAGUUUUCCAAAAGGCAGAUCAACCACUGCAUAGAAGUGGAUUCCUAAAGUAAGAGCAACGCUGCCAAUUCCUCCAUGAGAUGAUGACGACAGGGAUAUUAUCCCAAAGGACGGAUACGGAUUUAACACCAGUGGUGUAGGGAUGACAUCCCCGUAAACCCGUUGAAUGUGGAUGUUUGCACCGUGUUGGUGAAGGAUGGGCCCUGUCCUCUCGGCCGCCUUCGUCUUUCUGUUGGCCCUCGGCCCCACCGCCUCAUUCGCUAACCCCGAGGAUUACACUGCCGAUGAGGGGGAGCGGACGGCCAGUGAAAGCCUCGUGUUCGAUGACUACCGGGGGAAGGGAUGCGUGGAUGACAGUGGAUUCGUCUACAAGCUCGGGGAGCGCUUCUACCCGGGUCACUCCAACUGUCCGUGUGUGUGCACGGAGGACGGGCCGGUGUGUGACCAGCCCGAGUGUCCCAAACUGCACCCCAAGUGCACCAAAGUGGAGCACAAUGGCUGCUGCCCUGAGUGCAAGGAAGUCAAAAACUUUUGCGAGUACAGAGGGAAAACAUACAAAAUCCUGGAGGAGUUUAAGCCGUCACCUUGCGAGUGGUGCCGCUGCGAACCAAAUAACGAGGUGCACUGUGUGGUGUCCGACUGUGCCGUCCCAGAGUGCGUCAACCCCGUGUACGAGCCGGAGCAAUGCUGCCCCAUCUGUAAAAACGGUCCAAAUUGCUUCGCUGGAUCGACGAUCAUCCCAGCCGGGAUUGAGGUAAAAGUGGACGACUGCACCAUCUGCCGCUGCCAUAACGGAGAUUGGUGGAAGCCGGCUCAGUGCUUGCGGCGCGAGUGCCUGAAUGGCCAGUCGUCAUAGAGACACUCCAGCGGGGGAUUGGUGGAUCAGCUCAGGCGAGGCCCUGCGUACCUACUGCACCGUUUUAUAUGAUUGACAGGGCAGGAGCACAAUUCCAGAACAAUCUGAUGACACUGUCAAAACCUUCAGAUGGGUUUGCCACAGAGAUGAUGUUGAUGAUGACAAAACUGGUCUCCAGUCUAUUUCCAUCAUAUUUUCAGAAGUUGCUGCUGUCACAUACAAAAAAAUGUGGAAUAUUUCCUCACAACGGGCAAGGAAUGAAUCAUCCUGAUCGGUUUUUGUUGUUCCUGUCGGUUAUAGCCAAGCGUCAGGCGGCGAAAGACACGCAAGCACACUCGUACGUGUUGCUUUUUGUCAACUGACACCGGUGAAAGUGGUCACCCGUUCUCUCUCAAAGCUUGUUUACAACAUGCACACCACAUGGAUAUGUUUGUCUUUUGAAAAUAUGGCAUUGAUUCACUUCCGGCACUUAGAAGAUGUUACUGUCAGUUAAGUAGAUUGCGAGAAAUCCACGGAAAAGCUUUUUGAUUCAUUCCACCUGCAACAUUGCCACCUGCUCGUGUUUAAUUAGUUCAGCAAACAUGUUCAUGGUAGUUCUUGGCAAUAUUACAAAAUGCAUUAAAACACUUUAACGUUUUUUUUUUUCUCGCUUUUCCCUGUUUGAGUCAAUUGCAUGAAUGGUUUGGGCUUAGUUUGAACAAGUUGUGACCCUAAGGUACUUGAAUCAUCCACAUUGGGCAAGAUCUCACAAUGGUACAGUCCACCCAUGUCCGGCUAAAAACCAUGGCCUCAAAUUUGAAGGUUGUGAUUAUUAGUUCAUUGAUCAAAUGAGUUGAGAUAACAACUUUUACCAACAAUUUCCAAUUUAAGCUUUGACAUUUCACCGUGCUUCCCUCCGCAUUUGAGAAGCACUGCCUUACAGUAUAGGCCAUUAUUUCUGACUGACUGUCAUGGAUAUUUUUUUUUUCCGCCUUCAAGGUUCACAUCCUCCAAAUA